UCGGUCUCGAAAAGGUUCGCCAUCACUGUUCUAGCCCUUCAACCAUCUGCAGGGAUUGGCCAGUAAAACCGCUGCUGUCCCUUUGCCUCUGCUCUCAGAGUUCCCGGUCCUUCCUCUUUGCUGACGAUUGUCUGAAGACCAGCCCGGACAUCAGUGAACCCGUUUCCUUGGAGGCUAGCAAAUCGGGAUCCCCGUCACCCCAGCCACCCCUCAUUGCUGAGGCCGCCGUGACGCUGGUGCAUGCAGAGAGCCCCCUUGCUGUGGACACUACAGAGGAGAUGCUGGAGGAGGCUUCGGACAUUCUCGAGCCCGUCAGUGAGACCACUACAAUGCCCGGGGGUCCAGGGCUGCCCCUGGAGGUCCCCGACUUUGAAACGGAGUCUCAGGAGAGUCCCCUUUCCGAGCGCGCCCUCCAGCUGGUGUCAACAGAGAUGCCAGUGGAUGACGAAGAAGCAGCCACUGCAGAGUUAGUGUCUCCCCAACCAGAGGUCCCCGACUUUGACACGGAGUCUCAGGAGAGUCCCCUUUCCAAGCUCCCCCUCCAGCUGGCAUCAACAGAGAUGCUAGUGGAUGACAAAGCAGCAGCCACUGCAGAGUUAGUGUCUCCCCAACCAGAGGUCCCCGACUUUGACACGGAGUGUCAGGAGAGUCCCCUUUCCGAGCUCCCCCUCCAGCUGGCGUCAACAGAGAUGCCAGUGGAUGACAAAGCAGCAGCCACUGCAGAUUUAGUAUCUCCCCAACCAGAGGUCCCCGACUUUGACACGGAGUGUCAGGAGAGUCCCCUUUCCGAGCUCCCCCUCCAGCUGGCGUCAACAGAGAUGCCAGUGAAAGACGAAGAAGCAGCCACUGCAGAGUUAGUGUCUCCCCAACCAGAGGUCCCCGACUUUGACACGGAGUGUCAGGAGAGUCCCCUUUCCGAGCUCCCCCUCCAGCUGGCGUCAACAGAGAUGCCAGUGAAAGACGAAGAAGCAGCCACUGCAGAGUUAGUGUCUCCCCAACCAGAGGUCCCCGACUUUGACACGGAGUGUCAGGAGAGUCCCCUUUCCGAGCUCCCCCUCCAGCUGGCAUCAACAGGGAUGCCAGUGAAAGACGAAGAAGCAGCCACUGCAGAGUUAGUGUCUCCCCAACCAGAGGUCCCCGGGAUUGGCGACCGAGUGUCAGGAGGAGUCCCUUCGAAGCUCCCCUCAAAGCUGGCAGCAAAGAUGCUAGUGGAUGACAAAGCAGCAGCCACUGCAGAGUUAGUGUCUCCCCAACCAGAGGUCCCCGACUUUGACACACUUGUGAGGUGUCCAGGAGAAUCCCCCUUCCGAAGCUCCCCUCCAGCUGUAGCGGCCAACAGAGAUGCCAGUGGAUCAAGAAGAAGCGGCCACUGCAGAGUUAGUGUCUCCCCAACCAGAGGGCCCCGACUUUGA